AUGCAAUUAUAUUAAUAUCUGUGGUGGUAACUAACUGGCAACACUGAGUGGUUUUGCUUCUAUUCGGUGUGGUGCAGUGUUUUUUGUAUUGCCGGUGUUUUGUUUUGAAAUUAUCACAAAAGCAGAAUGGCUGAUAAUAAGAAGGAAGGAGAACCUGAGGGCGAGGAAGAAUUCUCUGUAGAAAAAGUUCUGGAUCGCCGUAUCAGGAAUGGAAAGGUGGAAUACUACCUGAAGUGGAAAGGAUACAGUGACGAGGACAAUACUUGGGAGCCUGAAGAGAACCUGGACUGUCCAGAACUUAUAUCAGCUUUUGAAGAAGCCAGGAAGAAGAAGGAAUCCGAGGGAAAAAGUAGUAAAACCGAGAAAGACGCGAAGAAGCGGAAAUCUACUGCUGCCACUCCAGAUCUAAAAGGUGCUAAAAAGAGCAAAAGUGAUGACAAAAAGUCUUCUGGUUUCGACCGUGGCCUGGAGCCGGAGAAGAUUAUUGGUGCAACAGACAGCAGUGGAGAGCUGAUGUUCCUCAUGAAAUGGCAGGGUACCGAUGAAGCAGAUCUAGUGCCAGCUAAACAGGCCAACGUGAGAUGUCCACAAGUUGUUAUUCAGUUUUACGAGGAGAGGUUAACUUGGCACACACCAUCAGGAACUGAAGAUUAAGGUGAUUCAUCUUCGAGAUUCUUCUUAAUUGUUUAAAAUUAUAUUUAAGUUUUAGUGUAACUAAGUAUGUCGAAUGUGCAACCGUCUUGCAGAUUAUUAUUAUAAUUAUAUAUAAUUGUAUGUAUGCACUUUUAAGUGUACUUA